CCUCACAGGAGCAGUGAUGGUACCAGGUUCGUGCCACAUAAAGUCCCUGUGUGUUCGUGCCCGUCAGAGUCGAGGUUCAUGCAUGGCUCGACUUGAGCAACCAACUCGACUUCAUUUCUAAAGACUCGUUGAAUCCAUUCUCAAGUAUGUCGGAGUCCAAAAACCGUGAACGGGGCCUCAGGGCCGCCAUCCACAAUCCCCGUGUAUCAGAGGAAGCUAAACAACACGACCGUGAGCUUCUGGCUAGGGAGUUUGGUGGGAGUGUAGAGGAGCCGGCGCCACGUUCAGAGCGGCGGGCCUCGGGAAGCAAGAAGAGUUCCUCCACGGGUCCGCACUCGCACUCAAGCAAAGCUCAAGCUCAACAGGUGUCCUCCAGUGGCAUACAGCCCGCCCAUGCAACGGGAAGAACGACGGCGCGCAGGGCUUCCAGUGGAGAGGCUGGAGGGAUGCAGCAGAUGGGGGAGGAGAAGGAUAGGGGAAACGUAAUCCGUGGGCUGAAGGCUGCACUCAAGAACCCUAAUGUCUCGGAGAAGGCCAAGGAAGCGGAUCGCAAGAAGCUUCGGGAAUUGGGAGAGGCAGUUGAGUAACUAACUUGCCGGAGACGUCACAGGUGUAUCAAUUCUUGCUGGUAUAUCUUUACAAGAUUGGACAUCACACAUCGAAUUGAAUCUUGUUUGUGUUGUAAGUAUAUGUAAGUUACAAUCCAAUCCUGGCGUGUUUGUUAGCUAGCACGAAACUCUGCAGAUUGGGAGGUGACAAGCGUAGCUGGCAUCAAGAGUUGGAUGAGGUACUGUAAUUAGGCCUUUUACUUCUACUCCGUAAC